AUGUCGAUUGCAGUCUUACCAAAGGAUUCUGAACCCCCGUCCGGUCUCUGCGAGUUCCAGGGUCUCAUGAUCCAAUGGUUCUUGAUCACAGAUGCGCUCUUCUGUUUAUCGAUGGCUACGAAUGUAUUCCUGGUGUUUUUCUAUGGAUACGAUGCCCAGCAACUUCGCCAUUUGGAGAAGUGCAUCUACAUCAUCACCGGUUAUCGGAUCUGGAGGAAGCGGGCCGAACUACGCUCCGUUUCUCGAAGCUCGCACCAAUAUCUAGCCAGAAACUCCUUCACUGCUGCUACCGAGAACACUACUCCGCAUCCUUUUGUGGGUGCAAAUAAUAUCGUGGUGACGACACAGAUUAAAUGCGACGUUCAGCCAGAGGACGCCAUCUCACGCUGUGUCUCUCCCGAGCCGGAUCAAAGCUCCAUCAAUUCGUUUUCGAGCACCCGCUUGCUUUCCACGAGCAAACACGACGAUACGGCGACGGAAGCACUACCAGCCUCGGAUGCAGCUCGUACGUCCAGGAUACAGAUCGAGGAUGUUGAAGCGCAGCGACAUCCACACAAUGGUACGAGAGGUCGGAACGGGUACAGGGCGACCGUCAUUGCGACAAGCCCUGCAGAAACCUCGGCAAUCCCGACCACAUUAUUGACAACGCGUCCUGUCGCCAAGCGGACCGCAGAAGGUCAUGCUGCAGCCAUGGCAUACUUCCAAGUCGCCUUCCUCAUGUUCGUAGCCUUGCUUGUGGUCUGGCUACCUAGCAGCAUCAACCGCAUGUACCAAUUCACGCACAGAAACCGCUCGAGCUUUGCUCUCAACAUCAUCUCCGCGAUCGUCUUGCCUCUUCAAGGAGCCUGGAACGCAACCAUCUACAUCUUCACAACCCGCGCCGAGUGCAGAAGAGCUUGGGGUACGGUCAAAUCCAAGCUGACUGGCAGCCCAUUACAACAUCAUCUGCGACGAGAUGCCUAUCGCAAGGAAACGAUGACGAGCUCUCGCGACACACAAGACUCUGGUACUGAGAUCGCGCUAGAUGAUUUCCACAAGCACGACGUCCGUGUACGUCACGCUGAGGUGUCGAAUGGCCAAGCCACUGAAGAAGGCAAAGCUCAGCGUCAUCCAGAGCCGUGGUGA